UUCAGUCGGUCUGUCGGUGGCCUCCCGGGUUUUACGGGAAUCCCACAAACGCGCAUAACAAAAGCUGAUCCGGAUCAGGUCUCAUUCACAGCGCCUGUCGAUGUAAACACGUCAUUACUAACGCGCGGGACGGUGUCAGCAGAGCGAGCGAGGACAAAGGCGCGGAUCCACAGCGGGCCGCCGACGGCAGGCCCGACCCGGUCUGGGACAUUUCUCACCUUCCUGGAUCUAAUCCGGCUCGCUGCCUGCCCUUCCUACCAUGGAGUACAAAGUGGAGGCCCAUCGGAUUAUGAGUAUUUCCCUGGGGAAGAUCUACAACUCCCGCGUCCAGCGCGGCGGACUCAAACUGCACAAGAACCUGCUGGUGUCUCUGGUGCUGCGCAGCGCGCGGCAGGUCUACCUCAGCGACCAGUACGGAACCGGCGGCUGGGCGGCGGACGGCGGCUACAUGGAGCCGGACCUACCGCCCGGCUCACCGCACACGGUGGCCGAGUCUCCGGGGGAGGACUGCGGCGGGGCGCCGGGCCGCUCCCCGGCAGACGGCGGCGGCGGCAUCCCGCCGCAGGACUCCAGACACGGGGCGUUGGGUUUAGGCUACGGCGCGGCGCUGUCCGCGGAGGACGAGGCUGCCCCGGACAGCGCCGCCAGGCGGACUCUCUUGUCUCUACACGAGAACGGCGUGUUUUCGGUGGUGGAGUCGAGCGCCGAACCGGAACCGCCCACCGUCCACCCGGGCAAGGAGAGCUCUCCUGAGCGGAGCGCCGGCAGGAAGCGGAGCGCCGACGGCUCCGCGGCUCCGGAAGCGGCGGCGGUGAAACGGACGAGAGUCGCCGUGGCCGCCUCGCCGCCUGUCAGCACCGGGGCCGAGGGAGCGGAGGACGACAUGGACACCGGUAACGUCACCAGCUUGAUCUCCAUUUUCGGAUCCAGUUUUUCCGGACUGCUGAGUAAGGACGCGGCGCAGCCCGACGCCGAGACCGGGGAGAGCGACGCCGCCCCGGGGCAGAUCUGCUGCGAGCAGAUGCUGAAGUCCCUCGGGCCCUGGACGACCGCCAUAGUGGCCUUCUGACGGACACGGCCGCCGGAUGUGAUCGGGUCUCUUUCGGGGCUUUGGUUCCGCUAAACGCGCCCGUGUCCGCGGGGCAGCACGUGGUGAGCGCCCCCGUGGGUGCCGCGUGCAGAGCACGCGCCGCGCGGUCACGACGGGGCGCGAGGAAACGAGGACACCGUCCCCGCGCCACCGGGUUCCCCCGGUAAACGGUGAAAUCCAUCUAGAGCUGCUAUGUCGGGUCUGAGACCAGUGCUGGAUCGUGUCCAGGUCCGCCGGGACCAGCAAGGACUGCUUGUGGAUCCGCUCUGAUGAUUCACAGGCGAUGGAAUGUUGCUGUCACGGCUGUGACGUCAGCCGAUGACGUGGGGUCUGUUUGUUUUCUAAAGACGCUGUUGUGCCUGUACAUGAUGUCCUGUCUGUGGCUUGUGUAAUAACAAUGUAAUAAAACAUGAUCUGUUACAACGCA